GCAUUAAAUUACAGGAAAAGCUACAGGUAGCAAUCUUGAUCUCCUGCGAAGUUUUAUUUUUUAUAAUUUCGAAUUUGGGGGUGUUUCCUUGAGGCAACCAAACAAAGCGCCAUGGAAACGUCUCAAGACAACGAUAAAUUUAGCAGCCGGCACCCCGAGAUCGUGAGCUGUAGUAAGGACGCUGGCAGCAGGACUACCCAGGACCGAGCCGAGCUGGAGGAGGACUCUGAAAAAGCCGACCUCAAUCAGAAGCCACCCUACUCGUACGUAGCUCUGAUCGCGAUGGCUGUCCGGGAGAGCCCGGAGAAAAAGCUCACCCUCAGCGGGAUUUAUCAGUUCAUAAUAAAUAAAUUUCCAUAUUACGAGAAAAACAAGAAGGGUUGGCAGAAUAGCAUCAGACACAACCUGAGCCUCAACGAGUGUUUCGUUAAGGUUCCCAGGGAAGGCGGCGGGGAGAGGAAAGGUAACUUCUGGACUCUCGACUCGGCUUUUGACGAUAUGUUCGAUAAAGGGAAUUACCGGAGACGCAGACGAGUGAAAAGGCCAUACCGACCGCCAUCGGCUCCAUACGGGAAACCCUGCUUGAGUUACAACGAUCCGUACUAUCUGCAUCCUAACUCCAAGUACCUCCCGGCUGCUUUUGUCAAUAACUCGUGGCCGGUGGGACAGUCUACCCCGUUUGGGCAGGCGACCACGUCGUUGAGCUACCAGCAAUGCCAAGCCAGCAGCGGGAAUGCCAGCUCAGUGUCUAUGAAUGGAUAUGCCAGCCCCCUUCACCAAUCAUAUAACCCAUAUCACCGACACUUGGUUUCUGCGAUGGGAAAUCACUAUCCCGGUAUGACCCAGCAAAUCAGCCCGGGGGGAACGCCAGCGACUGCCAGCACUUACCAGUUGCCUGGUGCCAGGCAACCUGAAAUGCCUGUUAUGCAUUAUUGGGAUUAGGAGGAAAACGUUGGAACUGUUGAAGGACAGGUGCUGUUUUGGAUUAAUACAGACUGUGUGGUAACGUGCCAAACCAAGAUGAUUUGUGUCAACAUUAUUUUUAAAAGCAUUUGACAACUGUGGUUUAUUUUCAAAAGACUGGAGAGAAUCUUGCGCUUGGAUUGACCCGUCCCUUGUGCCGCCGAGGUUCUCUUUUCAGCAAGACAACACUGUCCUUGUUCGGUUCGUGUUGAUUUGUCUUGUUGUCAGAUUUGAAUUGCAGUGAAUUUUUUUUUUUUUUUUUCUCCCUGUGUUAAACAUGUUCGUUUUAAUGUUAAAGAUCAUAAUUGUUUUGCUUGAACUGAAUGUACAAAAAAAACUUUGUUUCUACAACCUUUUCAAAAAAAAAAAAAUCGUUACAUGUAAAGGCAUUUUCACAUUGAAGGUUAACUUAAAUUUAUGUGCAUCGCACUUUUUAUAUUAGUAUUUCUGUUUUAAUAAAUGCUGGUUAAUGCAACUUCUUUGACUUGUGUAAUUUGAGGUUUAUCCAUCUUGUUUUUGCAAAAAAAAAAAAAAAAUGUUGGGUUACUGUAG